CGUCACUCUCUAUAUCUCCUCUCCCUUUUCCGACCUUUCCCGUCACCAGUUCAUUCCACCGUCAUCAUGGGUGCUCACUCCGCUAUCUGGCAAGGCUAUGUCGAUUCCAGCUUGAUGGGAUCCGGUCAAUUUGACAAGGCCGCUAUCUUGAGCUACGACAUCUCCGGUGUCGAGGCCCAGUCCCCCGGCUUCUCGAUCUCGCCCCAGGAACUCCAGGCUAUCGUGUCUGCCUACUCGAGCGCCGACGUCGCCCGAGGAAACGGUAUCACCGUUGGAGGAGAGAAGUUCAUCACCAUCCGUGCUGAUGAGCGCAGUCUGUACGGCAAGAAGGGCAAGGAGGGUAUCGUUAUCGUCAAGGCCAAGUCCUGCGUCAUGAUCGCCCACCACCCCGACACCGUGCAGCUGCCCAACGCCGCGACUGUCGUCGAGAACCUCGUCGACUACAUCAACAGCGCUUAAACGAAGGUUGAAGGGGAAAUGAAAUUUUUUUGAUGUCGUUUUUAGUCGCCAUAAUCGACAGUGUACCAGCUUCGAAUAUUGUAUCACGAUGACGGUCCUGUUUUCCAUCUCUUUCUUUCUUCCGCCUUCCCUCCGCCGUCUUUCUUAUUCCCGUCCAUUUUCUUAUCAUCUUCACAUCUAAGGCAUAGCUCGUAGACAUGUGCAAUAGGUACUACUACUUCUUCUAGUACGCACUUAAAUUACUUCUUCAAAAUGGCAUUCGCUCGAGGGUUGAGACUCAGGACUGCAGCGUUCGUUGAUUGCAAAUCUUUUGUUUAUUCCCUGGCGGAUCAAUUACUCUACUGGCUGCCUGCAGGUCUGUGUAUGCCUAACUGACUCUAGUUCUUGCGAUUGACUCCUUAUUUGACA